GUCAUUGGUCAGGUGAUUUAAGUGCAGACGGCAGUGCAGAAGAUUUUAAUGGAAGCUUUUAAUUUAAUAUUGAUCAGUCAUAACCAGUGUUCACGGAGGUGGUUGAGAGUGGGAGAGAGGAGAUCAGUCCCUUAAACUUGAACGUGCUUUUUAUAUGGAUGAUCGUUAUACGUUGGCUAAAGAACGAUAAGAUAUAAUGGCUUAUCGUAAAAAUCGGUAGAAGUUAGAUACGUAACAGAAACUCUUUAAAUCUACUGUAUUGAUGACACAAUCCUAACCUCAGUUCAGUAUUAAACAACGUUCAUUUCGCAAGUUUAUAAGCAUGGCGUCUUCUGUGGAAAUGUGCGAGACAUGUCUGUUUGAUACAAAGAAUAAUGAAGCGACGCUAUUUUGUGUAGAUUGCAAUGAACCACUUUGCGAAGGUUGUGGGGCCGUCCAUCGAAAGCAGCGCCUUAGUCGCCACCACAAGGUGUUUGGCAUCGACAAUGCACCACCAGCAGAAGUGCUGGCUACACUGAAGGCGCUCACGGCCUGCCCAAAUCACGCGACGGAAGAGGUGGAAUAUGUGUGCCGCCGGCAUGACCAGCUUUGCUGCAGCAAGUGUGCAAACACCGUCCACCGCAAGUGUGACCAGUUAGACGCAAUUGCAGACCUUAUGGAUAAACCAAACGCCAGCGAUACUAAACCCAUCGUUGUACUCGGAGAGUUUGAAGACUUCGCAAAGAAAAUGAAAGAGCACGAGAAUAAGCAUAAAAAAGCCAUCGAACAGUCUGCUUUAGAGACUGAUACCACACUAAAGCAAACACAAGCAAAACUUAAGGAGACAUUGCAGAGGCUGAACGUUAGGAUUAGCCAUGAAAAAGAACUACAAAAAGAUAAACUUACGAAGCAUUCCGAAAACCAGGAUCUCGCUAUACAGAUGUUUAAAAAUAAAGUCGAAGAAGAAAAGAAAAGGAUGGAAUCGGUUUCAUAACACGGCCAGCCCGUUCAUUGCUUUCUGUUGGGCAGGGAAAUGAAGAGAACUACAUUGAUCGCACUAAAGAAGGGCGCUUCUGAAAUUAAAGAAAGUGCUAGUCAGCAUGUGCUUGUUUGCACACAUUCUGCACCUUUAGAUGACCUUGCAAGACGGAUUGGCUUGUGUUUACAGAUGGAUUCGUGCGCACUACCGGUGUGUGAAGUUAGCGUUCCUUCCAUGACCAUCAAAUCACCACUGAAUCCAAACGAAAUUGAUACAUUUGAAGAAGGUGUAGAUGAAAAUCAAGAUUUCCAAUAUGACAAGUUGAGAAAAGGUACGACUGAAUGGUCAAAAGAAGGAAAGGAGACAGAGGUCCUCAUUUUUCUCUGGUGUGGAGUAAUGUCCUUAUGCUUAUAUUUGAUGAAAGACCGAGUGAAAUACGUGUGAUAUUAGUUGGCCUGAAAAGCACAUUAAUCGCAUACCAUUCAUUAGCUAGUAAUUACCCAGAGCUUUACACAUAUAAUUAUACUGACGAAUGCUGCAAUUCUGAUCUGGAUGGAGCAGAGUUUGUCUUCUGUAAUUUUCGAUUCCAAAACCUGUUUGUAAUGAACGCCACAGAAAACAACAUUGGCGUUCGAGAGCAAAUGAAAUUGUAGGACAAUACCAAUCAGUUAUAUAGAGACAAAGACAGCGGGUGCAUUCUUGUGCUAGCCAAACGGCGUUCCACAACCAUGCUGUUGUCCACAGACAAAAAAUGGGUAGGCCAGCUUCUGGAGGGCCAUUCACUGGAUUAAUAUAUAAACAACGCAGACAGCAUUGCGUGUGUCAGCUGAUUGGUAUAUGUUAUAUGUACUAUCCAAAACCAAGUAGUCUCCUUAAGGUGCACAUACUCGAAUCAGAAUUCACAUCGUCCUGGGACUGCCGUGAGUGUAGCCAAUGAUACGUUGCUAGUUACCAACAGAGGCGGAAACUCCAUUAAGAAACUCAUGCAAUGAAAGAUUAUAAGUAUCUUCCAUGGCCGAGAGUGUAAGAUAGGUUCAUUCCGACCCGAGCGUAUGGUGUUUAUAGCGGAAACAAGGUUUACCGAGUUUCCGCAAAACACCCGGCGCGAGGGUCGGGAUGAACCUAUCUUACACGAGCGGCUAUGGUAGAUGCUUUUUCUCCCACCUCAGUUAAACAAAAUUAAGUUAAAAUGUAUUUUUUGGCUGGAACUCUUUUGUGCUUAGUGAAAAUAAUUGCUUAUGGAUAUACGAUAGCACGUGGUUGUCAUGGAUAUGCGCGCAGUGAUCUAGUUAAUGUUAAUAGUCAGAUCGGUCUUUUUAAAUAGUUCUAAGGAGAAUGAAGAAUUAUUUCUUGAAUGGUGCUUGAAAACUGUUUUAUGGUGACAUUUGAAGCGAGAAAUAAUUAAUUAGCGUUCUAAAUAUUACCAUAAGACAAGAUUUCCUUGAUGCUACAGACGACAGUCUUCAACAAAGGAGGUAAUUACAAUGUGUUGACCAUGAAAAAAAGUUCCAUUCGGGCAUUUUUUCUACGCCCGUGGGCAAGAUAAGAAUAUCUAGCAUGGUUAAAUUAUUGGAUCUACUUAUCUGAGGUGGGAGAAAUUAUCAUCGUGUGCAGGGGCACAUGAUAAUCGACUUGAACACAUGGUUGUUUUGCGAGAAGAUGACGUCAUCAAAUUGUUCAAGUUUCAGUAGAAAAAAACUGGUUUGCAUGCGAAAUAUGACAUUCAUUUGUAUAUAUACAUAUAUACAUGUUGGCUCGGUAUAUUUAUAUA